GGCGUUUCUGUGGCUCGGGGCAGGGGAAGCCUCGGGCGCAGAAGCUGGCGGCGGCUCCUCGGCCUCGACUUCUCCCGGCCCCGGCUUCGCGGGCCAUGGCUGUCGUCUUCGCCUCGCCCUCCGCCGCUGCCAGCCUCGCGGAGUUGCCGGCUUCCGCGCGCGGGACCCCCACCGCCUCGGCGGGCUAAGGGCGCUGCCGGACGACUAUGCUCGCGCGCUCAGCCCCGCUCCGGCUGCCCCGUCCCGCCGCAGUGUCAAACUGGAAGAGAAGUAAAUUUCAGCCAAAAAAUAUGUGUGAAGUUUUUUCUUAAAAGAAGAAAAAGUUGUUAAAACUAUGGAUCGGAGCAAACGAAAUUCAAUUGCUGGAUUUCCUCCACGAGUGGAGCGUCUGGAAGAUUAUGAAGGAGGUGGUGGAGGGGAUGGGAACAUGACCCAGGUGGAAAGAGAUGAAACAUCUUCGUAUCGAGCUCUGAUGAAUGCCUUUUCUAGACUGACACGAUUAGAUGACUUCACAUGUGAAAAAAUAGGGUCUGGGUUCUUCUCUGAAGUGUUCAAGGUACGACACCGAGCUUCUGGUCAGGUGAUGGCUCUUAAGAUGAACACACUGAGCAGCAACCGGGCAAACAUGCUGAAAGAAGUGCAGCUCAUGAAUAGACUCUCCCAUCCUAACAUCCUUAAGUUCAUGGGCGUGUGCGUACAUCAAGGACAAUUGCAUGCUCUUACAGAGUAUAUGGACUCUGGAAACCUGGAACAGUUGCUAGACAGUAACCAGCAUUUACCCUGGACUGUGAGGGUGAAAUUGGCCUAUGACAUAGCAGUGGGCCUCCGCUAUCUUCAUUUGAAAGGUAUUUUCCAUCGGGACCUCACAUCUAAGAACUGCCUGAUAAAGAAGGAUGAAAAUGGUUAUUCCGCCGUGGUAGCUGACUUUGGCCUGGCUGAGAAGAUCCCUGAUGUCAGCAUGAGGAAUGAGAAGCUGGCUGUUGUGGGCUCACCCUUCUGGAUGGCACCGGAGGUUCUCCGAGAUGAACCCUACAAUGAGAAGGCGGAUGUAUUCUCUUAUGGUAUCAUUCUCUGUGAGAUCAUUGCUCGCAUCCAAGCUGAUCCGGACUACCUACCCCGCACAGAGAACUUCGGGCUAGACUAUGAUGCUUUCCAGCACAUGGUGGGAGACUGUCCCUCAGACUUUCUGCAACUCACCUUCAAUUGCUGUAAUAUGGACCCCAAACUCCGCCCAUCAUUUGUGGACAUUGAGAAGAUUCUGAAGGAAAUUUUGAGACACCUAAAGGAAGAAGAGCUGGAGGAAAGAAAGCUGCAACCCACAGGCAAGGGACUUGAAGAGAAAGGAUAUGGAAUGAAGCGACUGAGCUCAUUGGAUGACAAGAUCCCUCCCAAAUCCCCACGCCCACGACGUACCAUCUGGUUGUCUCGAAGUCAGUCAGACAUCUUCUCCCAUAAGCCCCCUUAUACAGUGAAUGUCUCAGAUCCCUACUACCAGCCACGAGGUGGUACUCCACGUACUCACAAAGUCAAUCCUUUCAGUGCUCGUCAGGACCUCAAGGGUGGCAAGACCAAAUUAUUUGACCUUCCCAGCAAGUCUGUCAUUUCCUUGGUAUUUGACCUGAAUGCACCAAGGUCUGGAAAUAUGCCCUUGGCUGACUGGCAAGAGCCACUGGUUCCAUCUGCUCGACGAUGGCGUUCUUUGCCUGGCUCACCAGAGUUCUUGCAUCAAGAGGCUUGUCCAUUUGUAGGCCAAGAAGAAUCAUCUGAUGGGCCCCCACCACUCCUCAGUAGUCUCAAGUACAGAGUAAGAGAGAUUCCGCCAUUUCGAGCACCUACCCAACCAGCUGCUCCCACCCAUGAGGACAUGGACUGUUCCAGUCCUCAGGAAGAAAAUGGAUUGGGACCCAGAUCUCAGGGGCCAAAUCCAUGCCUUCAAGGUGCCUCUGAAGAGAUGGAGGUAGAAGAAAAGCCAAGAGGCAUGGCUCCGCUCCCCUUCUCUCUCUCUUAGGCAUUAGCCUAAAUACGUAAAAGUGUGGUAUAGAUGAGAGGGCUGUUUCUAUCACCUGUGAACUGAAGCCACGGGGGCCCCUGGAUGCACAGGCUUGAUUUUCUCUGGAACCCAUAGAGCAACCAAGCCAGGCUUAACUUUGGGGUUCUAGUGACUCUGUGUAAAGGAGGGAGCAGUGAGAAACUUUCCUGAUUAGGGCCAAUAGCUGAUACCAAGCGUAUGAAAUCCAGCAAAGCACUCUGGUUCACACCUGAGCCCCCAAUACCUUCCCAGACAGGACCAGAAGACUGCUAGUUCUAGUUUGUGCUGGCAGGCAGCCGGUACCCCAGGUUCUUCUACCCUGUCUCUUGCCCUUUCCUGGGCCAUAUAAGCUACUAGAUGGAACCUAGAGCUGACCAGGAGGCCAUAAAGGAUUGGUUAUUUCUCACACCUAAGACUGGGGUGCUUCUUGCCAGUUAUUAUGUCUAAGACACUUGAAUACUUGCUGUUUGCACUUACUGCACAGUCAGACCACAUCACUACAUUUCUAUGCAAGGAGAGGGCAAGCCUCGUGGUGGUCAUGGCUCUUAGCUAACCUAGACAAAGAUCUUUUCCAGUUGAUUAAUCUAUUUUCAUAUUUAUGAAGGUGUCUUACUGUUCUGCCCUGUAAGACUUUCAACUUUGUGGUUGGAAGUGGGGCUGGUUUUGUAGGCCCUAGGGUCUGCUUUAUGUAUUUGUCUAAUAUGUGAAACACCCAGUUGGUUAAAUGGUUCACAGAGGAGCUGAUUUUCUUCCCUUCAUGCUAUAUGGAUGAAGCCACAGGAAGUCUGUCCUUACAGUAUCGCAACAAGAAAUAACCAAAGAUGAAGCUGGUCAAAUAUUUUCAUAACUUGUUUCUGUUGAUUAUUUUUUGUAAAACUUUCCCAAUAUACUUUCUGAUUAAAAAAUAAAGACGGCGUUACAGGGA